AUGAACGAACACCUUAAAAAUGCUAAUUGUAUCGCCAAGGCAACUAGCGAGGGCCACCCAUCCACCCGAGUGCGAUUUGUGUUCGUGCUGGUGCGACGCGGUCCCAUUGGUGGGUUUCGCGUCGUGCGAGCAGGCCUCAGUCUGAUCGCCCCCCUUGAGGCACAGUGUCAGUGGCACAUCAUUGGCUUGGCGCUCACUGCCACGCACACCUCGCAGCACCUCCUAACCGGAGCACUCGAUAUAAAAGGGAGCCAGUCCCUCGGUAUAACCAACAGCUAUGCCAGCCUCCUGGCGAGGCUUCCUCUGAGCUUUCGUAUUCCCGUCCCACCACCCGACGUGAUACACGAGUGUCUCAGUAGUGGUCCCCGAGACAUUUUCAGCACACUGCCUGACAAGCAGUCAUCUGAGGCCCCUGUAAAUCUGUGCAUCCGAGACCAGAAACCAAGAUCCGCUUUUGUAAGUGUUAGCCCUCGAUCAUCAAACAGAGCGCAUGCGCUAACUCCUGAUAUGUGGACAGUGUUCCCCGCAUCUCUGGAUUGUGAAGCACCUGUGGUCCCAUUGAAGGCCAAGGAAAAUUUGCGUACAGUACUGCAACCGACGCGGCGGCGAGCGGGAUGGAAAGGUUUAUCUGUGUGUGCCGCCUGUUUCAGACCAUUUGGUAAGAUGAGUGAUCUGAACCAGCACUACAUGCAGAAGCACCAUGACUUACUUAGGCAAGAAUGGACUGCUGCACUUAUUAAACGGCAGCGAAGGUGCUACAAAACCUCCAAUCAUCGACGCCUUUUCUGCGAUCAACCCCAAACCCAGACGGAAGUUUCACCGGUGGAGACCACAUCGGGUAAUGCAUCACAAAGCCAGUCUCAGUUGCCCACAAAGACGUGUGACCGUCUGGUGGUGGGGACGACGGAGAAGAGUCCACGCAAGAGUCAUGUUUGUCCGUGGUGCAGUUACUGCGCCAAGUGGCCCACGGAGCUGCAGAAGCACAUCGUGGUGCAUGCCAACUCGAGGCCAUACACGUGUAUAAUUUGCAGCAAUUGCUACAAGUGGAGCUGGGAUCUGGGUCGUCACUUCUCCACCGUCCACGCGGGUCUCCCUAACCCCUACAAGAUGAACAAAAGGAGUCUCCGAGCCCAAAUUCAGCGCUCCAAGUUUGACAGAGUGGCCGUUUAA